AUGGAAAUGAGGUGGUGGCUGCGCUCGUGUAACGAGCUGCCUACGUACCCUGUUUUAGGGAUCAAGCCAGAACGUAGUUCGAUUGUUAUCGGAGUGAUCCGAAGGAAUCAUGUCCCUUGUGAUCAAGAAUCGUCCUCCUUUUAUAGCUCCGAAGUAGAUCGCAACCUCCUCCGCGUAUCUCGUCCACGUGCAACUACCGAUCCCGCUAUUUCCGGAUCUGAACAGUCGAAGCGAGAUUCUCGUUUGACUCGUUCAAACUCAGCUUGUGGACUUGACUCCGUCGAGCUAGAGCUCGACUUCAUCUUCACAAGUAGCUCGGACAGUAAACAGCUGGAUUUUGGACAAGGAUACUUGGUGGGCUCGAGGUCACUUUACUGGGCCUGA